UUUCUAGAAUCAGAACCAAUGAAAAUUCUCUGUGACAUAAUAUGAUCUUCGGUUUUCAUCUCCAACUGGAUUGUAGACCAUCCUCUUCCUCUCUCUCUCUCCUCUGAAAACCCUAAUUUACACUCGCCCUCUUUCUCUCUCUACAAAAUUCACUUCCGUCAUGACAAUAUCAGGUGGGUUUUGAAAGGUGUGAAUUGUGAUUGUUCUUGUUGUCUCAUUUUUGUUUUAGAGGGAAUGUAGUCGAACAAAUCCGAUUGUUAUACACAUGUAGAGAACAAUGGAAGCUAAUUUAUGUGAUAUUAAUCACUUGGAUUCCGAUGUCCUUUUGCCUCCCCGAAAACGGCUUCUAGCUGGAUUGAAGAAGCAGAAUUCCAAUGGCAAUUCGCAUCUGCUGCCAUUGACUUCUGCCACUUCGAAUGAAUUUGACACCCGUCUUAAUAAUUUGUUGAGAUCUCAUUUGAAAAACCCUAAUCUUUCUCCUGAGGAGAUGGUGGAAUCCUCGAGAUCAGCAGCUGUAGCUGCAGGUAAGGUUGCGGUGUCUGCAAGAGCUGUGGCUGAUGAGAAGGCGGAGAAAGCAGCAAAGGCGGUUGCUGCAGCCAAGGGCGCUUUAGAAUUGGUUGCAACUAUUUCUGAGAACACUGAUUGCAGAGAAAGGAAUUCCAGGAAGAAUAAGAUGAAGAAGCAUGUACAGGUUGAGAUGUUGUACACUAAGCACCGGUCAGUUGAGAAUUGCAAGACAGAUGAAGAAUUAGCCCGGAAGUUGCAUCGGGCCAUUAACAGCUCCCCUAGAAUUUCAAAGUUCUCUUCAACUUCUGAUUUAAAUAGUCACAAACGUAAAAGGCUGAAGAAUGUGCCUAUUUCUGAGAAAACUAGGAUUUCCAAUGGUGUUACAGUGUGGGAAGGAAGCCCACCAUCGACGAGCAAUGGGAAUGGUUUAGCAGGUGAGGUGGAUUCUGAAGGUUCUGUGCAUGAGUUAUACGCUACUAGAGUAGAUGAAAGCACGCCAAAGUUUAAUAAAGCUGACCGAUUGAAGAUUGAUAGUGAGGAAGUGGAAUCAAGUCACUCAAAGGAAAGAAUUGGUGAAUCCUUGGAUGAUAUAAGUAGCAAUUGUAGAAAGAGAGGAAGACUUAAGCAAAAAAAGUUGCCUUUAAGUAUUUGUACUUUUAGGGAUCGAGAAAAUCCCAAGGAAGAGCUGAAAUCUAGAAGCUCUCCGUUGACUGAAGAGAGCAUGCCUAAAACAACUGCUAGUAAGAUGCCACUGUUUCCCGUAGAGCCCUCUGGUGAUGGUGUGAUGCCAGUGGAGACGACAACUGUGUGGAAGUGCCAGGCAUUCAAGGCUCCCACGUGUGUUAAACAAAACAAAGUCAUGCAGUCAUAAUGUUUUUACCCUCUUGUGACGGUGUAUUGCUACCACUUCUUGAAGUUGCCAAGGUAGGAUUCAUUUACGCUUGUCUUAUAGAUUUGGACUUACUUUAUAUAUAUUGUAUUUUUGCUCGUCCAUGGCAUUGUAAUGAAUUUAAACUCACAUAAAUGUAUAUUUAUCUGUUUAAUUGCGUUCAUCUA